AAAGCUCACAUAAAGCUCAACACUAAAAAGCUUUACCAGGCAGAUGGCUAUGCAGUGAAGGAACUGCUAAAGGUCACCUCUGUGCUUUAUGGUGCUAUGAAUACCAAGGGAGUGGAACGUGCAGACGUGAGCGAGGAAGACAGCAGCAAGUUCAAGUUUGAUCUUGGCUCAAAAAUUACUGACUUGAAGGCAGCUAGACAGCUUGCUUCCGAAAUCACCUCCAAAGGAGCAAGUCUCUAUGACUUACUUGGCAAAGAAGUUGAACUAAGGGAAGCAAGAACAGAAUCUAUUGCCAGACCUUUGGAGAUAAAUGAGGCUGAGAAGGUGAUGAAAAUUGCCAUUGACUGUGUUCUGGAACAAGUCCAAAAGACUAAAGACAUGUUGAAUAAUGUGGCUUUGGAUGAAGCCAAUUUGGAAGCCAAGAUUGAAAAACGAAAACUGGAACUGGAAAGAAGCCAGAAGAGGCUACAGACUCUACAAAGUGUUCGUCCUGCUUUUAUGGAUGAGUAUGAGAAGAUUGAGGAGCAACUGCAGAAACAAUAUAGUAGUUACCUAGAAAAAUUCCGUAAUCUGACCUACAUGGAGCAGCUCCUGGACGAUCAUCGUAGGACAGAGCAAGAAAUGUUUGAGGUAAGGCAGCUUAGAAAUGCUCGGAAAGACUGUAUAUCAUGCUGGUUUUGA